AUCAGAAUUAAAAAAAAAAAAAAAGCAAUUACCCUAAGGAACGUCUCUUAAUCAAGAGACAGAAGAGACGGCUCUUCUGAACACACGUCGCUCUCUCUUCUUCCCUGCUUCCCCUCGAAUCUUCUUCGGCAUCAGAUGAAUCGGAUUCUCUCUUCCUCACUUUUGAUUGAUAAUACUCUGGAGUCAAAGUUCAAGCAGAGAUGCCCUUUGUGGUAUUGUAGUUGAAGCCUGGUGAGAUAGAGGGAAUCAAGAAAGACUGAGGAACCUGGAAACCUUGCACCGACCGGUCUAUUCCUUGGCGGAGAGAAGUACAUGGUUGUCCAAGGUGAAGCAGGAGCUGUCAUCCGAGGCAAAAAGGCUCAGGUUCUAUUAGUCUCUGAUUUAUGCUGUCACCACACACCACAAGAGAGAGAGAUAGAGAUAGAGAACAUGGGAAGAAAAGAAGAAGAUGACAACAACGGAGGAGGUGAGAUGGCGUCAUCUUUCUUGGACGGUACGGGGUUGGUCUGUGUAACGGGAGGGACUGGUUUCGUUGCUUCUUGGCUCAUCAUGCGUCUCUUACAACGUGGCUACUCCGUUCAUGCCACUGUUUGGACCAACCCAGGUUCGAGUCUCUGUCUUGCAGAAAAGAGAAUGCUUCUCAUCAGAGCAACUCUUCAGGGUCUUGCUUGGAUGUGAAGAAUUCAAACGGCUUAGCUGACUUGAAUGAGCCACUCAAAUGGCAAGAUUCAGAACCCGUGUCUCUCUGUCCAGGGAUAUGCAUUCUCAUUACGGAGAAACAAUGCAGAUGUUCAAGGACAGUGGUUGGAGAAAAACACAAGUCAAAAUGAAUGGAUGGUCCUUGAAACAGGUGAACUUUAUGUGAUAGUUAGCAUGCUCUGCAUUUUCAUUUCAUUUCUCUAAUCUUUGCAAUGAUAUGAACAGAGACGCACGUUUUUCUCUGUGUGUCUUCAUGCUCACAUAUGUUUCAUUAGCUGAAAAUACGUCGUAGUAGUGUCUUAUUAUGCAUGUACUUGUCGAUGGUUCAUGAAUUGUUUGCUUAUCCAUUUUUGCAUAUCUUCUAAUUCUCAAAUGUUUUCAUGUGGCAUAUUUUGUU